AUGGGCACGUGGGCAAGAACGCUGCUUGAUCACGAAUACGACGACGACAGCGAAUACAGUGCGGACUCGUACAACACUUCUGCAAAAGAAGUCGAAAAGGACCUGUCUCCCAAAUCCAUGAAGCGGUAAGUUAGUCAGGCCUGUUGAAGCAGAAAAGAAGGGUGUAGACAAAAUGACACCCUCCAGAUUUUUGGGUGGACUACAAUUCCUGACCAUUGACGAUGCUUGGAUAGGGCUGAUGGGAGUCGGAGUCCACAAAGUUCUCAAGGGCAUGUCAGUAGCUAUCUCUCAUGUAGUUGAUUUUCUAAACUGAAUGACUUCUGCUGAGGGCCAGGACAGUAGCAUAUGAUUUCCUAGGAACAUAGGAAGCUGCCAUAACUCAGUCAUAGUGUUGGUCCGUUUAGCUCAUCACUGUUGACACUGUCUGGCAGCAGGUUUUCAAGCUGUAUUCUUUGUCUACUUGGAGAUAUCAGGAAUUUUAUCUGAGAUUUUUGGCAUGCAAAGCAUGAGCUGUGGUGCUUCCCCUAUGUAAUUAAGCCAUUCCAUUAAACUGUAAUGCACAUUGAUGCAGUAACAUUCGUUGUUUUGUAUUAAUGAAUUUUGAAGUGGAAAAAGAAAACUCCACUCAAGGCAGCUUGCAACAUAGAACAUUACAUUUUCAUUAAUGAUGUAAAAUACAAAGAGAGAGGGUCAGCAGUUUAAAAAGAUCGUAAAAAUAUUGUCUGCCUCGUAUAAUAAAAGCCUGCCAGAACAGAAAGUAGUGAUGGACAGGGACCAAAUGCACUUCAUUGAUUUGAUUGACUAUGUAUUUCUAUGCCACCUUCCAUUCAAAGGAGUCCCAAUGUGGCUUACCAACAAUAAAGAACAGCCACAGCUGUAGGCUACAAUUACAAUGUCUGGGCAAUUUAGAGCUGACCCCACCAUUAACAAAUCAACAAUCACAUGAUCAUAGGUAAUUAUAAAACCAUUAUAAAACAGCAGCUAAAACACAGGCUAAACAUUCACCCUCACCCCUCUGCACAUACUGCCUCAAUAAUCAUUUACUCUACUGAUUGAAAUACAAAUCCCAGCAAACAAGAGGCCAUUGAUUCUAUAGAAAUACCUACAAACAGAACCAUACUGCAGCAAAUGCCUUGUCUCCUACACACUGAUCACAAAGGGGUGUGUUUGUGGGCAGCAGCCUCUCUACUGUUCCCCGAAGUCAAGCUCUCAGCAAGAGAUUGGGAUAAGCCUCCUCACAAGCAAUCUCAAUCCCAGCAACAGACAAAUGCAGUGAUAUCCUAUUACAGAUCUAUAGGUGGGCUGUCCAGUAAUUGUCAGUGGACACACCUCUUCUCUCUUCCCAGUAGCCACAGCUCAUCAGUGUCCAGGCUGCUAGAGCUGCCAGUGAACUGGGUGGGUGGAUGGAAUUAGUUCCCUCCCCCCCCCCCUUGCUCGUACUACCUGGUAGUCUGACAGCCAGUCAGAAUUCUCUCCAUCCACAUUUCAUGCUCCAGCUGCUCACCACUAUGGAAUUUCUCUCUUUUGUCCCACGCAGCUGUGCUUCCACACUUAGCAGGACACAGAGGACAGCCUCUCCUUCUGAUCUAAGGGAGCAGGUGGGAUGGUGUGAAGUUAUUGCAAGUCAUGGCACUUUCAUACUAGCCCUGUGGAUCGUUGUGUGAUUCCAGAUGUGGAGGACAACCCAUUGGGACACAGAUAUCAGAAAUUAUCAUGGGGGAGCCAAGUGAAUUCCCCCUUCAGGCAUUAUGCUGGAAGAACAAAAGCUAUGGAAUUGAAACACGAUUCCAGCAAAGCAAGCCCAACGAGAUAUGCCCAACUUGUCAGACAUUGCUCAUAUACCUGUGCAAGCCACGCUGUGUGCUACAGAGCUCAGAAAUUUAGGUACCAGAGAAAUAACUUCUCAGUAACAGGUUAGACAGUAUUGUUAGGAACCACAUAUGUGACUACAUUAUUAUGCUGAGAUCUGAAGCCAUCCAAUUCUACAACAUCAGUAACAAAUAUUAAAUUACAUUUGAAGGGAGGACUUUAGAGAAAAAACAGCAUUGCUUUUCCAGUGACUGCAGUUUCUUUCGGAUGAAAAAAAUGUUAAUGGAAUGUAGCUGCAUGAACUCUGAAGCUUUGUUCUCUGCUAGUUGACCAGCUUUGCUGAAGGAAACUGUCCUUGCUCAGUGAUAAUAGGGUGACAUGUUUCCCUUUGUGUUGUCAGAAAUAUUAGUGCAGGCUGGUUGCCAGUCCAUUUAAGUUCAAGUGCAAGGGGUGCCAUGUGUCACUAUCCCAAAGUAUCUGUUUGAAUCCUUUCUUCCUAAGCCACAGCCUGAGCUCAUCCACCCACUCAUGUUUUUAAUAUCCUCCUUGGGCAUUUCCAAGCCAUCCACCAGAGAUCUACAAACAAUUUGUUUUAUUAGUCAAGUAGAUUAAGCUUUUCUGUUGCACCUCGGCUAGUGGUCAAGUUAAUCUCAAGAAGCUGGCGCAUGUAUUGCUUCAGCCAAGAAUCAUUCUGCUCCAUGGCUUUGGGGUAAAUACUGUUUUGGGUGCCUGCUAAUGCUCCUCUUGAAAAGGCCAAGUAGGGCCUCUAGGUAGCAUGUGAUGCCAGUUUCAGAGCAUUAUUAGCCAGAUGGUGUGUUGGAAAUAUUCCACUGCCAGCAGACUGCAGCUGGCAAGACUUUGUAUGAAAUCUAAUCCCCUUUCCUCAGUAACAGGACAUUUUUACCUUACUGCUAGCACAAAUCCUUGCUUGACUUCAGUAAUAGCUAGUAAACCUAUUUUUUCAUAAGAUUCAUUGGAUUCAGAUAUGUGUGUUUUUUAAUCUGAUAUUUCUAUAGUCAGUAUUUUAUUUUUAUUAUUUAUUGGAUUUUUAUACCGUCCUUCAUCACAAGAUCUCAGGGCGGUUUGUCCUCUUUGAUCCAUAGCAGUUUCACUUCUACUAGGUAGCUCCCUUCCUGUGAAUUAAGUUGAUGUCUCUGCACUCGCUCAGGACACAUGCCCUCUAGACAUCAGUGCACUGUGUUCAGGAAUAAGGCCUUUUGAAACACAAAAGACUGGAAGGGAAUUUAGCUCAAAUGUGCUCGGAACUGCUUACUUGGAACACUGGCUCUUCUCUGCUGGAGGGCAGACUGCUGCCUAUUUGGUAGAGAUGCUUUUGCCCCACCUGGAACAUGAUACUUUUGCCCAGUUUUGGGUGAUGUCCCCUCCUGGUGCAGCCCCAGACCACACAGGAGCCCACUGACCUGCUGGAGGGGCUUUGUGGGUACAGGAGGCUGCAUAGGAAGAGAAAGGUUGGUUGCUCAAGAUGCCUUCUGCUUGCACCCACCAAUGAAUUCAAUUCCAUUUGUAUAACUAAUGUUUCUCACAUUAUUUCAACACCUGACUUAUUUCUGUGUCCAAAAUGAGUAAAUUGGAUGUUGAAGUGAAUUAAAAGAGGUUCAUUGAUUUGUGCAAGAUCAGAAGCUCUUAACUUCUGUAUGUUUUUAUCAUGGAGUAAGUGAUCAUGUAAACUUGAGGGUACCCAACAGAGUGCUCUCCAAAUGUUGGUGGACUCCAAGCCCCAGCAUCUUCGCCCAUUGGCCAUUCUAACUGGGGUUGAUGGGAAUUGUAGUCCACAACAUCUGGAGGGCACCACCUUGGUGAUCCCUGAUAUAAAGAAUUCAGUGUUGUUCUCUAUGGUGAGUGGAUCAGAUUCAUCAAGAGAUGACCAAAAAAAUGUAUUCUUUGUUAGUGUAAAAUAAUGAUUGAAAGUGAUUUAUCUGUUAGCGUAGACACAAUUUGUAUCUCAAGGUAGCAUUCUGGGGUGACAAACCUCAAAAAAAUACAGUUUGAAUCUGUCCUGAGAAAAGUUUACCAGCUUUCUUUAGAGGAAGUAUGGAGAAGCUGUAGCCCUUUAGGUGUUGUUGGACUAUAGCUGCCAUCAUCUGUGACUUAAUAAUGACAAUUUUAUUAUUAUUGGCCAUGCUGGCAGGGUCUGAUGGGUGUCGAUUUCCAACAACAUUUGGAGGGUCAUAAGUUCCCCACCCCUGAUAUAGUGUAUGGAGGAGAGGUGUACAUAUUUAAAUAUUAAAUAUACACUGGUUGUAGGUAUCACACCAUAUUUCCCAAGCGAUUUUCUGGAUACUGGCUAGCUUUUAAAAAAUAAAUAAAUAAGUGAAGUCUGCUUUCAUUUGUCUUAAUAUCAGGCUUUUCUUUAAAAAAAACAAACUUUUUUCCACAGGUCUCAGUCAGUUGUGGACCCUGGAGUGUUAAAGCGCAUGGAUAAAAACGAAGAAGAAAACAUGCAACCCUUGCUUUCUCUUGACUAA